AUGAGCGUCACCACUGAAAUCCUGGGUCCACAACGAGUCAGCGAAUCUGAGCAAAUGGACCAGGUCUCCAUACGGUCAGGGGGGGUCGGUAACGACACCGCAGAUGAUUCUGCCUCCCUGGUGGACGAAAGGUGGAGCGACGACGAGGAAGAGAGCUCUGAUCCUCAAUGGCAGUGUCUUGCCAGCCCUCAGACCCCACUAGCCACCUACAAACAGCGGUAUGAAGAGUUCAAGAAAACUUUUAAGGAGUUACCAGAAACAGAGAUACUCAUUGUUGACUACCAUUGUGCUCUCCAGCGGGACAUCCUCCUCCAGGGGCGCCUCUACCUGUCUGAAAACUGCCUUUGUUUCUACAGCAAUGUGUUCCGAGGCACAAAGAUCAUACUGAAUCUCAAAGAAAUAAUGUCAAUGACAAGAGAGAAAACGGCACGAUUGAUUCCUAAUGCAAUCCAGGUUUGCACUAGCAGUGAAAAGUUCUUCUUCACAUCAUUUUCAGCCAGAGAAAAAAGCUACUUGGGAGUUUUCAAGAUAUGGCAGAAUGUGCUGAUUAAUAAGUCAUUGACCAGCUCAGAAUUGUGGCAAAUGGUUAAACAGCAUUAUGGGUCUGACUUGGGCAUGAGCCAUGAAGAAAUGGAGAGUUUACAGUUAUCUCCUGAAUCAAGCAUGCAGACCAGUUUCACUUCAAGGUCUGGUGGAGACGACAGCCGCUUUGAGCGCUCUCCAUCUCUUCGGCUCCCUGGGAUUGAACAAGGGCCCCUCGAGGCAUCAACACCACAAACUGAGGACUUUCCUUCUCCUGCUGGCUCACAAACAUCCAACUCUCUCAAUGUGAAUGACAUCCGCAACAGUCCAUCUCGGAGCCGCAGUCCUAUGCUGGACCGUGGUGCCUCUGAACGUGUUUCCAAGCGCUCACCUCUUUCUCUCGACCUAAACGCAAAUGAGAAUGGUAUUUCUGGGCAGAGUGGUUCUGAAAGCAUAGAGGAAGAUGACAGAUUGGGAUUAUCACAGGUGGCUGGCCGCCUUUAUCUGAAUAAGGUUUUCCACAUCAGUGCCAGUAAAAUGUUUGAGAUGCUCUUCACAGACUCCAGCUUCAUCCGCAGGUUUAUGGAUGUCAGGAAGAUAACAAAUCCCAGCUUUAAUACUUGGCAAACGGACACAUCUGGAAAUAAGAAGAGGACUUUAAACUACACAAUAACUAUCAGUAACCCACUGAUUGGAAAGUUUUCCACUGCAACAGAAAGCCAGACUCUGCACAAAGAGUCCAGGGAGGGUCAGUAUUAUCUUGUGGAUGCUGAAGUUUACACACAUGAUGUUCCAUAUCAUGAUUAUUUCUACACUCACAACCGCUACUAUAUCAUAAGGAACUCUAAGCGGAAAUGUCGGCUCAGGGUUUACACUGAUGUCAAAUAUAAAAAGCAGCCUUGGGGUUUGAUCAAGUCUUUUAUCACAAAAAACUCUUGGAGCGGCAUACAAGAUAACUUCCGACAGCUUGAAGCUGAACUACUCGAAGAGGAAGCUGAGCUCAACCAAGUGAGUGGAGAUGCUGGAAAGGGUGGACUGCGCAGGAGGAGACGGACCUACAGUCGCUCCAAUUCAGAGCACAUGAAGACACAUGGGCGCAGUGCGGAGGCGCCCGGGGAGAGCAUCACAGACCCUAUAGAAACAAGUCCUCAACAAUGGAACGUCAACAUGAUUAUUGCUGUGAUGAGCGUUAUUUUGCUGCUUUUGACAUUGCUGAAUCUGGGACUAUUUUUUAAACUGUGGUCAAUGGAAGAGGUUGCUCAUCGAAUAUAUUUAAGCACUAAGCAGAGGCUGAGGCAGAGGGCCCAGUCCAGCAUGGAACCUGGAUAUGGUGCACCACAAGGACCUGUAUUUCCAAACAUUGAGGACCUUCACCUGCUCAAGACUGUACUUCAGGAUUCAAUUAACCUACUUGAACAGCUCCGUAAAUCGUUGCUGUUGCUGCAGCAGAGUUUUUUGCCUGAAAACGAAACGGCAACGAGUUGUUUACAGGAUGCUCGACUGCACAGUAUGAAGAAAAGAACAAAGAAAGUGUCGGAAGAAGAGACUUUAUGCUGCUGUGAAUAUGUGAACGAACAGGGAGAGCGCAGUCAUGUGGCGGCCUGCUGCUGCAACUGCGAGGACCUGGAUGAUGUAUGCGACAGGUUGUUAAAAAGAGAGGAGCAAAAAGCAGGCGCCUUCUCAAAAGUGACUGAGGUCUUGACGGACAGAAUUCGUGUGCCAUGGCUGUGGGGCGGAGCGAGGAAAGUUGACCUGUCCAUCAUCCCUCCGCUUGUUCUGCUGCCUGUAGUUCUGCACAUAGCUGCUCUCCACUUCCUGCUGGGUGCACUGGUCCUCACAGCUCUGCCAGCACUCACACGAACUAAGAAAGGUCCCGGAGUGGUGUUUCCAAACAGAGAGACCUGUCAUAGCACUGUUACUUACUACACGCCUCUGCCAGAGAAAGAUCCGGCUAUAAAUGGCGGGAAGCAUGAGGUGAUGUUGAUGGAGAGGACGGGAGUAUCAGAAGCAACAGAAGCAGAGAAAGAAAGACAUCACAAAAACUGGUGUCCCGCGUGCAGAUUGAUGCGUCCUCCUCGGGCUGGACACUGUCGGAUCUGUGGAGUUUGUGUCCAGCGCAUGGACCACCACUGUGUCUGGAUUAACAGCUGUGUGGGUCAGGCCAAUCAUCUUAGCUUCCUUCUAACGCUCAUCUUUUUCCUGCUGACCUCGUUGUAUGGGAUCUGCCUGGUGCUGCAGAGUGUUUGUCCAAAACAACAUAUUGUAACGGCUCUUUUCUACUGCCCAGGGAUCUACAGUGAGUUCAGCUCUGCGUUGUGCUUCACAUGUGCGUGGUAUAGCAGCCUUGUGACUGGAGGGCUGCUUCACCUGCUGCUGGUGCAGGUGAUCAACAUCAGCUAUAACGUGACUGAGCGCGAGGCUCGCAUCGCCUUCCGGGAGAAAACGGCUCAAACGGCCUUUUGGGGACUCGUUGUGCAUACAAACGUCUACUCCAGAGGAUUUUGGAUGAACUGGUCUGAAUUUCUGUCAAUGGCAACAAAAGUGAAUUUAGCCGGUCCUGCAGAUGUGGUUUAG